CACGAGACCACUUCCACCGCAGGACGCAGGCGAGGCUGAAUGAAGCGUGGGCUUACGAGCGGCGCUUUCUACUUGCCCGCAGACCGCGAAUACAAUUUGCUUGCCUGCAUUGCCGUUCAAAAGUCAUUUCUUGACAACAUGCCAGCGGGUAUUACGAUCGAUUCCUCACGUAUCCUUCUCGUGUGCAUGGUCGCCCUCGGCUUCAUGGUGAUGCACAGCCAGAUACAGGGCAUCAAGGACAGCGUCCCGAAAGAUGGAAAAGGCGAAACGGAAGAUAAAAUUUCGUUAGUGGAAAGCUCUUUAAACAAGACCAGCCUGCUGAUCAAGAACAUCUACUGCGCAGUCGCUGAGGUGCAGCCGUCGGGUGGCUUCUGCCUGACUGAUAACCACAUCUUAACCGGACAUAAUGAAGCCUGGGAUGGAAAGUUAUGCGGAGCGCUCGAGGAGCUGUUCGGGUACUCGAGCGUGGCCGACUUCGGCGCCGGUCUGGGACACUACGGCCGCUGCUUCCUUCGGCACAACGAAGACUUCCUCGUCCGCGGCAACGAGAUCGAGCGAAACGCGUUGACCAGGUUCUAUUGGCAGCAGAUGUCGAAAACCAACCUUGCUCAUAAGCCGCAGGUGCUCCGGUCAUGGCACGGUUACGACGGAGCGUCCAAUAUUGACAAAAUGAGCGGAGGAAAGAUCAGGCAGCUGGAACUCGGGAAUCCUGUCGACCUCGGAAGGCGCUUCGACUGGGUCAUGAGCAUCGAAGUCGGCGAGCACAUCCCCGUCGAGAGCGAAGAUAUCUUUAUGGACAAUGUGAUUAAACACGCAUGUAAAGGUGUGGUGUUGUCAUGGGCUGUCCCGGGUCAGACAGGUCACCACCACAUUAAUAACAGGCAAAACGACUACAUCAUUGGCAAGAUGAAGAAGAAGGGUAUGAUGCACGACCUGGAGGCGCAGACACACAUUCGCACGGAGAUUGAUGCCCACUGGUUAAAAGAUACCAUAAUGGUGUUUAAAUUUCCCAAGGCGAAAUGUUGAUGCAUUCGCUGGCAUGGAAACACAUCGACGUUAUGGAAGAAUGAAGUGCAACGAAGGGAAAUUAUGCUAUUCAGAGCCCCCCCCCCAAAAAAAAAAAAAAAAAAAAAAAUAAUAAUAAUUUGUUGACGUUUUCGCAAUACAUUAGCACAGUCUUGCCAUAUGAAAAUGAACCAAAAAGAAAAGGAAAAAAAACAGAAAGAAAACGCGAGUACAGAAAAAGGUUCCAAAAAUGUAAUUCUUUCUUAUAUAAUGUUUUAUCUCAGUUGCCUUUAUUUUAUAUAUCUAUUUAGUUUGAUUAGACCGUUUUGCCUACAAGUCCUAUACUUCAUGGUGUGUGAGUUAAUGUGGGAUUUCUCUUAGACUUGAUGUAAAGUAUGUGGUGAAAAGAAACAUAGGGAGGUAGUUUAUAAAGGUUUAUAAUAAGCCAAUUUACGAUGUACAAUAAUG